CCAAGAACGCACCGCACCGUAUCUGAUUCUUGAACCAGUAACCUUCCCCCUCUUGAAGCCAUAAUCAAUCUUCACCUCUCUAAUACACACACGUACAGCCAGCAUGCUUACAUUUCUGGGUUUACUUUCUUAAUCAGGAAGCAAAGAAAGGUUCCUGUUGACAUUGAAUUCUCUCCCAUUUGGUAGCUAGUAAUCUCGUACGUUGGAACAGAAAGAACGAGGAAGGGAUAGAAAGAAGAAGAGAAUAGGAAAAGGGUCUUGAAGAUGGUGAAGAUCACGGCUUUGAUGUUACUAAAAUGCAGCCCGGAGGGUUCUGAUCCCAUUAUAUUAGCAAACGCUUCGGAUCUCAGCAGUUUCGGGUUCUUUCAACGGCCCAGCGUUAGGGAGUUCCUUGUUUUCGUGGGUCGGACCGUGUCUAAACGGACUCCGCCGGGGCAGCGCCAGUCUGUCCAGCACGAAGAAUACAAAGUGCAUUCGUACAAUCGAAAUGGCUUGUGUGCAUUGGGUUUUAUGGAUGAUCACUACCCUGUCCGAAGUGCAUUUUCAUUGCUCAACCAGGUCUUAGAUGAAUACCAAAAGAACUUUGGCGAUUCAUGGAAAACUGUACAAGCUGAUAAUUCCGAACAAUGGCCCUAUCUAGAUGAGGCACUGGUCAAAUUUCAGGACCCUGCUGAGGCCGACAAGCUGCUAAAAGUCCAGCGGGAGUUGGAUGAAACAAAAAUUAUUAUUCACAAGACUAUUGACAGUGUUCUAGAACGGGGUGUGAAGCUAGACAGUUUGGUUGAGAAGAGUUCAGAUCUCAGUGCAGCUUCUCAGAUGUUUUACAAGCAGGCUAAGAGAACCAAUCAGUGUUGUACGGUCUUGUAAAUGCUGCAGACAAAACAGGAUCAUCUCAUCUUGUUUAUGGCUUACUUGCUCCAUUGUCGCCGUGAAGUUUGAUAGAGUUGUUCAUAUCUUUCCUAUAAUGUCAUGUAGCUGAAGUUUUGGUUUUUUCGGUCUCCAUCUUCCACGACCGGGUGAAUUUGGAGAAACGUCGUGGCAAUUGGCACUGCUGCUGUCUAACAAGACUCAUCUUUGGUACUUCCUUAUCUUUGAAUGCUCUUACAUGCAACACUCUUUGCCUGUCUGCCCUUGCUGAGACUAUUACUUCUGCUUAAGCAUGGAGGGAAAUUAUUUUGGUAUGUGUUCGGUUAGUCUAAAUAAACGUCUGCAUUAAGGAAAAGGAGAGGAAAUAAAAGUUUUUAGAGAUCAAUUGUUUGCAAUA